CGGCCUGCGCGCCCGAACUGCAUGUAGCAUCCCCUUCAAGAAGCAACACAGCUCUGCCAGGCACCGUGGAGCCGUGCUGUGGUGAAUGACGGCGGCCUACAGUGGUCUUUUAGCAGUGUUUUAAAGCAGUUUCAACGUUUGUGUCUUACGCUUUUAAUUAGCCGUGAUAAGAUGCCAUCCAGAACGUCCCUCUCUCUGCCAGACGACGUCAGGAAAAGGUUGGAAAUGCUGGACGAGGAUGGGUCUUCAGAGGAGGACCAAGUGAAGGAGAAGCUCAAGUUGGUGCAGGGCUUCCUGCAAGAUGAUGCUCAGGACCAACUGACCAGCCUUGAAGAAAAAAUGAAAAAGUCUGAGAUCUCAAAGGAGGCCUACAUAUCAAAAGUGAAAGCCUUGCUGGGUAAAGAGCUUCACCUGGAAAACGGCUCGUGUGCUGAYGGAGCGGAGCAGAACGGAAAGGCAAACGGCUUCGCUAACGGCUCGCAUGAAGACAAAGGACGUGAAGAUGGCGGCGUUGUCAUGGACACGCAGGAAGAAGAAGAAGCAGUCAAGUCGCCACCUGCUUCCAAAGGGAAGGCUGGACGAAAGAGCAAAGGAAGCACGGACACAAAGAAGUCACCAGCCAGUUCCAGGAUUACGAGAAACAACGGGAAACAGCCGACCAUCUUAUCAAUGUUCUCUAAAGUUCAAAAGCGCAAGUCUGACGAACUGAACGAAGAAACGAUCAACGGAACAAAUGAAUUAAAGAAAGAAGACACRGAAGAGUCUCGUGAGGAGAAGCGCCUCAAAGUGGAUUCAGAUGAAAAACCUGCCCCUGAGGAGUUAAAGACUGAACCGAUUAAGCCAGUGUCUACUGCAAAGACACCACCCCCCAAGUGUCCCGACUGCAGACAGUACUUGGAUGACUCUGAUCUGAAGUUCUUUCAAGGAGAUCCUGAUAAUGCUCUCGAGGAGCCAGAGAUGUUGACGGACGAGCGUCUGUCUCUGUUUGAYUCGAACGAAGAUGGRUUUGAAAGCUACGACAAUCUGCCUCAGCACAGGAUCACAAACUUCAGUGUUUAUGACAAGCGUGGCCAUCUUUGUCCUUUCGACAAUGGGCUGAUCGAGAAGAACGUGGAGCUGUACUUCAGCUGUGUUGUUAAACCCAUUUAUGAUGAUAAUCCGUGCUUGGAGGGUGGUGUUUUUGCCAAAAAGCUUGGCCCAAUCAAUGCCUGGUGGAUCACAGGUUUUGAUGGAGGAGAGAAGGCUUUAAUUGGUUUCACAACAUCUUUUGCCGACUACAUCUUGAUGCAGCCCAGUGAGGAGUACGCUCCCAUCUUUGCGCUCAUGCAGGAGAAAAUCUACAUGAGCAAGAUUGUGGUGGAGUUCCUCCAGAAAAACCCCGACGCCUCUUAUGAGGACCUCCUCAACAAAAUCGAGACCACCGUCCCGCCCGUAGGACUCAACUUCAACUGCUUCACUGAAGACACGCUGCUGCGCCACGCCCAGUUUGUGGUGGAGCAGGUGGAGAGUUACGACGAGGCCGGCGACUCGGAUGAGCAGCCCAUCAUUGUCACUCCCUGCAUGAGAGAUCUGAUCAAACUGGCAGGAGUCACUCUGGGGAAAAGCAUGCUGCUGUACUGGCGAGCUGCCAGAAGACAGGCCAUCCGUCACCCAACUAGGAUAGAGAAGGACAGUAAGGGACCGACCAAGGCGACCACGACCAAGCUGGUCUACCAGAUUUUUGAUGCCUUCUUCGCCGAUCAGAUAGAGCAGAACGAUAAAGAGGGCGGGGCUAAAAGACAGCGCUGUGGAGUCUGUGAGGUGUGCCAAUCUCCUGAUUGUGGCAAAUGCGCAGCCUGUAAAGACAUGAUCAAGUUCGGGGGAAGUGGAAAAAGCAAGCAAGCUUGUAAGCAAAGAAGAUGCCCAAACCUCGCUGUAAAGGAGGCUGAGGAUGAUGAGAAUAUCGAAGAGGAAGAUGUUCAAGAAGCAAAGCCUAAAAAGGUUCUCAAUGCUAAGAGGAAGAAGCAGACCCAGUCCAGACUCGCAUGGAUCGGAGAGUCCAUUGAGACUGUGGGAAAGAAGCAGUUCUACAAGAAGGUCUCUGUGAACGAUGAAGUGCUGGAAGUUGGAGACUGUGUCUCAGUUUCAUCAGAUGACCCGUCCAUCCCCCUGUAUUUGGCCAGGAUCACUUCACUGUGGGAAGACAACAACGGGAAAAUGUUCCACGCCCACUGGUUCCUUCGUGGGAUUCACACGGUGCUCGGAGAGUCCUCUGAUCCACUGGAGCUGGUGGUUGUGGACGACUGUGAAGACAUGCUGCUCAAUUACGUCCAAGGAAAAGUGAAUAUCACGUACAAGCCCCCGUCCAACAACUGGUCCAUGGAGGGAGGGAUGGAUGUUGAUGUGAAAGUGAUUGAGGAUGAUGGGAAGAGUUUCUUCUACCAGUUCUGGUAUGAUCUUGACUUUGCUCGAUUCGAGACUCCCCCUCAGACCUGUCCAUCAGAAGAGUGCAAGUUCAGGUUCUGUGGCAGCUGUGCUCGUAUUAAGGAGAAAAACGAUCAGGAAGUACCUCGUGCCUUUGAACCCCUGGAGAACGAAGACAACGACAACAAAGCCCUUUAUGCUUUGGCUUGCUUCAAGGGACAGCAGUUCAGGGUKGGGGACAGUGUCUACCUGCCCCCAGAAACGUUUCAUUUCAGUGUGAAGCCAGCCAGUCCAGUGAAGCGCUCCCACAGGAAGGAGGAYGUGGAUGAGGACCUGUACCCGGAGUAUUACAGGAAGUCCUCAGACUACAUUAAGGGGUCCAACCUGGACGCUCCGCAGCCGUUCCGUAUCGGGCGCAUCAAAGAGAUCUUCUGUCACCGGCGUAGCAACGGRAAGCCCGACAGCACAGAAGUCAAACUGAGACUCUACAAGUUCUACAGGCCGGAGAACACGCACAAGGGCGUCAAAGCCAGUUACCACACGGACAUCAAUCAGCUCUACUGGAGCGACGAGGAAGUUACCGUCUGCAUGUCGGACGUGCUCGGACGCUGCCAGGUCGAGUAUGCAGAGGACCUCAUCGAAUCAGUCCAGGACUAUUCCAGUGGUGGACCGGACCGCUUCUAUUUCUUGGAGGCAUACAAUGCCAAAUCAAAAAGCUUUGAAGAUCCUCCAAAUCAUGCUCGCUCUACUGUUCAUAAAGGAAAAGGAAAGGGCAAAGGAAAAGGUAAAGGCAAAGGAAAGGCYGUGCAGGAACCACAGGAAAGUCAAGCAGAACCACCUAAAGUGUCCAAAUAUCGCACUCUGGACGUGUUCUCCGGCUGCGGUGGGCUUUCUGAGGGCUUCCACCAGGCGGGUAUCUCUGAGACGCUGUGGGCUAUAGAGAUGUGGGAACCUGCAGCACAAGCCUUCAGGCUCAACAAUCCCGGCACCACGGUGUUCACGGAGGACUGUAACGUCUUGCUGAAGCUGGUCAUGUCGGGAGAGAGGACCAACUCUCUGGGCCAGAAGCUGCCGCAGAAGGGGGAUGUGGAGAUGCUGUGCGGCGGACCGCCCUGUCAGGGUUUCAGUGGGAUGAACCGCUUCAACUCUCGGACGUAUUCCAAAUUCAAGAACUCCCUCGUGGUGUCUUAUUUGAGUUACUGCGACUAUUACAGACCAAAGUUUUUCCUGCUGGAGAACGUGAGGAACUUUGUUUCUUUCAAAAACUCCAUGGUCCUGAAGCUGACUUUGCGCUGUCUUGUGAGAAUGGGUUACCAGUGUACGUUCGGGGUGCUGCAGGCCGGYCAGUACGGCGUCGCCCAGACCCGCCGCAGGGCAAUCGUCCUGGCCGCCGCUCCAGGAGAGAAGCUGCCCCGCUUCCCYGAACCCCUCCACGUGUUCGCUCCCAGAGCCUGCCAGCUGAGCGUGGUAGUGGAUGAGAAGAAAUACGUGAGCAACGUCACACGAGGCAACGGUGGGAUCUACAGAACCAUCACGGUCAGAGACACCAUGUCCGAUCUGCCGGAGAUUCGCAACGGGGCUGCGGCUUUGGAGAUCUCCUACAACGGGGARCCGCAGUCGUGGUUCCAGAGGCAGAUCAGAGGCACGCAGUAUCAACCCAUCCUAAGAGACCACAUCUGCAAGGACAUGAGCGCUCUGGUCGAGGCCAGAAUGCGUCACAUCCCUYUGGCUCCAGGCUCCGACUGGAGAGACCUCCCCAACAUCGAGGUUCGGAUGAAAGACGGCAACAUGACYAAGAAGCUGCGCUACACACACCACGAUAAGAAGAACGGCCGCAGCGGCACCGGUGCGCUCAGAGGCGUCUGCACCUGCGCAGGAGGGAAGCCUUGCGACUCUGCAGACAGGCAGUUCAACACCCUGAUCCCCUGGUGUCUGCCCCACACUGGGAACCGCCACAACCACUGGGCCGGACUGUACGGCAGGUUGGAGUGGGACGGCUUCUUCAGCACAACUGUCACCAACCCUGAGCCCAUGGGCAAACAGGGUCGUGUCCUGCACGCGGAGCAGCACAGGGUGGUCAGUGUGAGGGAGUGCGCACGCUCUCAGGGAUUCCCCGACACUUACCGCUUCUUUGGAAAUAUUCUGGACAAACACAGACAGGUUGGAAAUGCGGUUCCUCCUCCACUCUCCAGAGCCAUCGGGCUGGAGCUAAAGAAAUGUGUCCUGGAGAGGAUGAAGGAAGAACAGGCAGCAGACAACUUCAAACAGGAAAAGAUGGAAGUCUCUGAUUAAAUCCGUUCCUGCCCCAGUUCUAGCAAUUGUGACGUUGGGGAUUUUAUUUUUUUCCCAUGAAUUGGCCGUCAGCUGUCACUAAGUGGCCACUGUGUUCCAUGUAGUAACCAUUCCAUGUCAAGUUUUGACUGUGCUCUUAAUCUUGCUGUUUAAUGUGGAACAAAUUUUAUGUAGUUUUAUAUGUAAAAUUCCAAAUAAAGCUCUUACGUAAUUGUA